AUGAUUUCGAGAAGACAAAGCAUUGUGCUCAUCAUGAUUAUUUUGUGCUCUUAUACUCAAGCCAAGCAUGAGUGUCCGUUGCAAUGUGACUGUACAGAGGACUUCUCCAUCGUAGUCUGUCGAAGAAUGGAAAAAUUCCCCGUGUUCAGCUUUGCAUCAAACGUCAAAACUCUGUAAGUUAUACUUUCCAUUUUCCUGGACACGGCUACUUGAAACUUUAGUCGGCAUUCAAAUGAUAUACAUGAAUUCGCUAACAAAUAGUUUUUAAGAAAGGUUUAUUGAAAGAACCGGGAAUCAAAAAAGUAACUGUAUCAUUCCUAAAAAAAAAACAACAAAAAAACCAAAUCAAAUCGCUUAAAAGAUAAAAGGAACUGGGGAUACAAGGUGGGUUAGGGUGGGUAUGUCACUAGAAACACUUUUAUUUGCCUUAUUUGUUUGUUUGUUUUUCUGUUUCUGCAGGGAUUUGGCAUAUGGACAAAUCAAACACAUUGACUUGAAAGACGUGAGGGCUUACUCGAACCUGGAAAAAUUGUAAGAGGAGACAUGCUUCUUAGACUUCUAAGGGUAGAAACAACUCGAAAGCGUCGAGUUUUUUUUUCACAGUUCAAGAAGCAAACGUCAUUGAUUAAAAUAAGAAAAUGAACGUGCACAGCACAAUAUGUCCGUCUUUUACUUCGAGGUGUCUUCAACCCUGAAUGGUCAGCCCACGACAAAAUCGCUCCGGGAAGAAAAAUUCCAAAAUUUCACUAUUGUUUUGUCUAUCCUUAGGUAUGUUAAUCAUAAUCCCUUGGACUGCGACCACGAGACUAUCCACACGCUGAAACACUUGAGAGAAACCGCUGGAUUGAAAUCAUUUGACGGCCACAAAAUUAAAUGUCCACCAAAACUUCCAGUAAUGAAUGAUGGAUUCCACAGUAAGUUAAACCUAUAGCUUUUCGUUAUACAUGAGCCUUUGUUAUGAAAACCAUUUCAAUUCAAAUGCAAUUUUUACAUCAAACUUGCACCCCUUAUGAAUAAAAAAUCUUACUUACAUUUACCUAUGAAAUCACGAUGCAAAACUUUUUUACAGACCCCAAUCAUCAUGGACAUCAUCAUCCUUAUCACGGACUAACAGGAGGUGCACCUCUGAUUUAUUUCCAUCAUGGAAGUUUUUCUCCAUCGGCGAUGGCUGGUAUGAUUGUAGUCAGUGUUCUGAGUAUGCUCAGUGUGGCUGUUGUUUGUUGUGCCUUGGUUCGCUAUCGGCACAAAUUCUCCCGGUGAGUUUCCAAUACCUUCACGCCUUACAGUGCACAAGACUGAGACCUCGUUGGUUCCUAACACUUAGUUUUAAUUGACAGCAAUAAAACUUGACAAGAUAAUCCCCUAACUGACUUUUGUCUCUUUGCCUCCAGAGAAUCUAAGCGCCAAAAGUCGUCUCAUGGAGACUCCCUCAGCAACAUGGAGAAAGGAGCUGGGUAUGAAUUUAACACAACUGAACACUUGUUAAAGGAAGAUUCAAAGAAACAGCGAAAGAAAAAGAGAGGUUCCAAAGGAUAUCCCGAACGUGGUACAGUCAACAAGGAUGAUUCGUUUGUGGCGAAAUGUGUAGAUUAUCUAAAGGGGAAGAUGAAGAAACAGCAAAGAGGUUCCGAGGAAAAUCGUGAGAACGUGAAAUCUCAUAACCCGCUUUUGACGGAAGACAAUGGUUUGAACAGGGCUGUGGAGGAACAGGGAAGCAAUAAGAAAGGAACCGAAAACAAGUCAGACACUGUUAAACACAAGUUAAAGGCUGGUCCAAGGAAACAGCAAAGUGGCCCCCAGGGACACGCUAAAAAAGUGAAAUCUGAUGAGUCGCUUUUGGCAAAUAAGGAGGAUUAUCUGGAGAAAAAAAUCAAGACACAGAGGAGCUUCUCCCAAGGGUAUGCUGCGAGGACUGAAUUCAGUGACGAGGAAUCUGCAAUGGUGGAGAUCGACUUGAAUUAA